UUACUCAACGGUUUAACCUUUCUCCCUUCUAUUUCAGUAUAGCGAAGCUAUGGUUCUCCAAUGACCACGUUCAGCAGCAACUCGGCGAGUCGACUCACCAUCCUCCCCAACUACCAACCAAGCCCCCUCAUUCCCAAGGGCUCUGAAAACCCAAGAAAAAUCCAAACUUUACCAUCUUCGAAAACCCCUCAUGACCUCUCCAUAGCUCGACAUGUUAAAGCCCCUCAAAACCCCACCUCUCCUUCACCUACAAACCCUCCAUUCGCUAUUGGGUUCCCACCAUUUUAUCGAAUUCGCAUCAAGAACCAAGCUUUUCUCCCAACUAUCUCAUCCACCCUUCAAUCCUGCCCCAAACUUGGUGUUCCAAAUCCGUGACAUUCUGUGCGACCCUCAAUGGGAAAAGAGCUCAGAGCUCAGCUGGCUGAGCCCUAAGAUUAGAACCGAUCACGUGUCAAAGAUUAUUGAGACCCACAAGAACACAGACUCGGCGUUAAGAUUCUUCUACUGGGUUUCUAAGAGACCUUCUUACCAGCAUGAUAUGAGCUGCUUCUCAUCAAUGCUGAAUAGGCUUGUGAACGAACGGCUUUUUGCGCCUGCAGACCGUGUGAGGAUUUUGAUGAUUAAAGCUUCUAGGAAGGAGGAAGAGCUUAAACGGGUAACUGAAUAUUUGAAUGAGAUGAGCCGACUUGGUUUUGAGUUUACAUUGUAUAGUUUUAAUACGCUUUUGAUUCAAUUGGGUAAGUUUGAGAUGAUUAGUAUAGCUCAAAAUGUUUAUACCCAGGUGCUAAGUAGUGGGAUUAAACCGAGUUUGUUGACAUUUAAUACAAUGCUCAAUAUAUUGUGUAAGAAGGGCAAGGUUCAGGAAGCAGAGUUGAUUUUGAGCAAGAUUUUUCAGUUUGAUAUGCUCCCGGAUGUUUUUACUUAUACAUCAUUGAUUCUUGGGCAUUGUAGAAAUCGUAACUUAGAUUUGGCAUUUGAGGUUUACGAUCAGAUGGUGAAGGCAGGUUGUGACCCGAAUUCAGUUACGUAUUCAACUCUUAUCAAUGGGCUAUGCAAUGAGGGGAGGGUGGAUGAGGCACUGGAUAUGCUUGAUGAAAUGGUAGAAAAAGGGAUUGAACCCACAUCAUAUACUUACACUGUCCCAAUUGCUUCACUAUGUGAGGCCGAUCGGCUGGUGGAAGCAAUUGGGCUUUUCAGAAGAAUGAGAAGCAGGGGUUGCCAUCCUACCGUUCAUACUUAUACAGCUUUGAUCAGUGGGUUGUCUCAGACGGGGAAACUCGAUGUUGCUAUUGGACUCUAUCACAAGCUUUUGAAGGAUGGUUUGGUCCCAAACACAGUUACCUUCAAUACAUUGAUAAAUGGAUUAAGUGAGACAGGAAGAUAUGACCUGGCUCAGAAGAUUUUUUAUUGGGUGGAGAGACAUGGGACCUUGGCAAAUACCCAAACUCACAAUGAAAUCAUCAAAGUUUUCUGUUUGAUGGGUAACAUUAAUAACGCAAUGGCUCUUGUAAGCAAAAUGCUUAAAGUGGGACCAUCUCUAAAUGUGAUUACAUAUAACACACUCAUCAAUGGAUACCUCAGUGGAGGUCAGUUAAACAAUGCUAUGAGGUUGUUGGAUUUUAUGAAAGGGAGUGGAUGUGAACCAGAUGAAUGGACUUAUACUGAACUUAUUUCUGGGUUUUGCAAGGCGGGUAAGACUGACUUUGCAUCUACUCUUUUCCGUGAGAUGGUAGAACAAAGAAUUAGUCCCAGUCAGGUCACCUACGCUGCUUUGAUUGCUGGAUACUGUAUGGAGGGGAAAGUAGAUACUGCAUUGUCAUUAUUUGAGCAGAUGGAGGAGAAGGGUUGCUGUCCAAGUAUUGAAACCUACAAUGCCAUUAUAAAUGGUUUGUCCAAAGAUAAUCAGUUUGUUAAAGCUGAGAAACUAUGUAAAAAGAUGGAAAAGCAAGGACUGGUUCCGAAUGUCAUUACCUACACGUCUCUAAUUGGCGGCCUCUGUAAAAGUGGCAGGACUGACCUUGCAUUCAAAAUCUUCCAUGAAAUGGAAGAACAAGGUUGCUUGCCGAACUUGUAUACAUAUAGCUCACUCAUGUUUGGGUUAUGUCAAGAGGGCAAGGCUGACAGUGCUGAGACGUUGCUUGAUGAAAUGGAAAGGAAAGGAUUGGCUCCUGAUGUGGUAACAUUUACCACACUCAUUGAUGGUUUUGUUAUGCUUGGUAUGCUAGAUCAUGCAUUCUUGCUUCUUAGGCGAAUGGUUGAUGUGGGCUGCAGACCCAACUACCGAACAUAUGCCGUGUUGGUCAAAGGGUUGCAAAAGGAAAGUCAGUUGCUGACGGAGAAGGUUGUGGGGCUCGUGGCCCAACAUGAAGGAAUGUAUAGUUGCAGCUCUGGUGAAAGCUAUAACUUUUUUGAGGCGUUGUGCAAUCUCUUAGCUAGGAUGUCAGAGAAUGGAUGUGAACCUACUGUUGAUACCUAUGGUACUUUAGUGAGAGGCUUGUGUACAGAAGGCAGAUAUUAUGAGGCAGAUCAGUUGGUUCAGCAUAUGAAAGACAAGGGCCUGUGCCCCAAUAGAAGGAUUUAUCUGUCUCUAUUCUUUGUUCAUUGUACGAAUUUAAAAGUGGAAUCUGCGCUGGAAAUCUUUGGCUUGAUGGAAGAUAAUGGAUUUGAGGUUCACUUGUCAGCUUAUAACGCACUUAUUAGUGCUCUCGGCAGGGUGUGUCGGGCGGAAGAAGCUGAAACUUUAUUCAAAAGCAUGCUAGAAAAACAAUGGAAUACUGAUGAGAUUGUUUGGACUGUGUUAAUCGAUGGAUUACUGAAGGAAGGGCAAUCAGAUCUAUGCAUGAAGCUUCUUCAUGUUAUUGAAUCUCAAAAAUGCAGUAUCAGUUUCCAGACAUAUGAUAUCUUGGCCAAAGAACUUUCUAAAGUAAACAAGGAUAGGGGGAGUUCUCAAAUUGUUAACAGAGCAAGUGAUUUAAAGGGUGUACAUUGAUCAUGGUUUCUUUAUACACACAGAGAAAAAGGAAAUUCGUUAACUGAGUUCCAUUAAUGAACUAAUAAGAAAUUAUACUUUUUUCGCCUGAGGUGUAUAUAUUCUUUUGCUGUGACAACUUUGCAGUUUGAUCAUACAAUAAAUGGUAUGUAGAUGGCGCUUUGCCUUCAAACCUUGUUAACAUUCGUUUCUGUCUAUUACUGUCUUUGGUGAUUAUCAGAAUACUUUAGUUCUGUUGGCUUUUGAUUAACUUGGUCGCAAUAUUUGCCCAAUAGUCACCAAGAAAAUUCGAUCGAUGGUUACUAAGUUUGUUAUCCUAUCUACAUGGAAGUGACAAGUUGUUUUCAGAAGAUAAUUGUCUUCAGUUGGAACUGAAAAUCUGGUGUGCAUGAAGCAGCAACCUAAGGUAGACAUGUAGGUUUGUUUAGACAAAGUAUAAAUGAAUGAUAUUUGCCAUUUGUGUGGGUUGAUGGUUGGUGCAGGACUGUGUGUACUGUUUGGCAAUUGAUUUAGGGGUUAGGAUAAUUUCUGCCUAUGCAGGCUUUUUAAUUACAUGGAUUAUCUUAUCUAGGAAGGCUUCUUAAUACAGAAAUGGGGAUGUGUGUGAUCAUCUAGGCAGGCUUCUUAAUUACAUGGAUAAUCUUCUUUAUGGUGCUCAUUUGGUUGGUUUUUCAUUGUUUGACAUGCUUACACCAUAUUUAUUCUGGCUCAGUGUUUAUAAAAUGGAAUUGAGAGCUAGACAUUCUUGGCAUAUAUACUUGCAGGUGAUACAGCUUGGACGUCCCCUAGUGGAAAGUUUCCUCUUUCCUCUGAAAAUUUUGACAAGAAGAUGUUAAGGUACACCUUGUUUGAUACCUAUGUUGAUUUAUUUCGCUGUCGUUACCUCAUACAAUUUUGAUUCAUUGUAUUCUUUACACCAAGAGUCAUUUAUAGAAUAUACCUCAGUUCUACAAUAGCAUAUGUUAUGGUUCAUUUAGUAAAUUUUGGUUUUAUGUUUUAGUUUUAGCUUUGAUGGUCAAAAUCAUCCUCUUCUUUUUUUGAUCUCUCUCUCGUCUCUUUUUUCCUUCUCUCUGUUAUUCUUUUCAUAAGAAAAAGAAAUAUAGAAACUAAAAGCAAAAAAUCUAACCAAAUUCCCAUGGGAUGGUCUCUUGAUUCUGUAUCGGCAAGUAUAACUAUUUUACUGUGAAUUAUCAACAAAAAGUAAUCUGCAGUUGCCACUGAUUUAAAUCAACUUAAAUAAUGUCUGUGAUUCAGAAUUCCAGGAUAAAUUAUGCUUUGUAGUUGACGUGAUGAAAUUAAUUUAAUUAGACAUUUUUGGUGUAGGGUUACUCAGGUCCUAAAUCGAGCUCAAUUUCGCACCAGGGCUCUUAGAAAGAACUACUGGCCAAAAUUACCGAACUAGUCCACUUUUUGUAAUCUGCCUCUGAGUGUUCUAAUGCAAAUGCCAGGUUUUUUAUUGGGGUCGAGAUGAGCUCAGAGUUCGCUUUUUUGUCACUUUCUUUGUGUUUCGCUGAUCUUUGCCUAGUAUUUGCUGGGAUUCCCACUCCUUAAAUGAAGAAGGGUGGAAUGAAUAAAGGCUUGGUUCAUGCAUGAAGACCCUAAUAUUUCCUAUACACAAGGGAUAUUUUAUGGGUAUGAACUAUAUUGUGGAUCAAUCUAGAAAGGUAAAAACGCAUUCAUUAUGGUGUGAGUUAUAGUGUUCUCACCUUUCCUCCAAGUCUAAACCUAUACAAACCCCCGAGUAUGAGAAACCCUUUGAGUGAAAAGUAAAUUAUUAUGUGUAUGCAAGAGAGAAUUUUGUGGUGAAAAUCCCUGGAGGUGAUUUUGGAAGAGACUCUGGCUUCCCGGCAGUCAGUUCUUGUGAGAUUGUUCCUUUGUAAUCCUUGGUAUCUUCUAGUCCUGUCCACAAAAAAAUUCUUGUAAUUCCAUCAUUUUAUAUAGAAAAGAAGAAUUUGUUCCUGUCCUCCUACUAUUCAGUGGACAAAAGGCUCAAAUGUAAGGAUGUAAUUCCAUUGUUUUUAUGUUUGAUGAUGUUUGCCUGUUUUGGCCAUACAAGGAUGGGAAAGUUUGAUCUUGAGUUUGCUAAUUGUCUUUUGGCAUUGUAUUAGGUGACUCUGGUUCUCAAAUGUAUAAUGGUUCAACCGCAGUUUCCAAUCCUAUCAUGGAACUGAAAAAUAAAUUUCUAAAAUUUUUUAUUGA